CAUCCUCUUAGGAAACAAACAGAAGCAGGCGAUAGGAGAAUAUAGCCGCCUUCAGUUUCAGCAGAUCUGCUCAGGACAGGUGCCUGAACCGCACACAGCUCAGACUGCACUCCAGCCGUUAACACACUGCGUGAUGAAGACUCCACUGUGGACGCUACUGUUGCUUGGACUGUGUAACCCAGCGUGGUGUGACUGCCAGAAGGAUUGCCUCUUCUGCAGCCAAAAACUGCCUAAUGAAUAUGCCUUCAACAAUUUGGUGUGUCUGGUGGAGUGUCAUGGUAAACUUUCUCCAGGCGACACCUGGGAGAUGUGUCGCAGGACCAUUGUGGAGCAAAACCCAAAGGCCUUGCUAUCGGUCGGCAAUGGCAUGCUGAAAAGAGCAGAUGAGGAAGCGGACACCUCUCUGCCUGUGGACCAGGAUGAUGAGCAGUAUUCUGAAACCCUCCAGAGAUUCGACCACAUAACACGGGCCUUGGGAAUGGAUGAUCAGGACCAAGACAUGCAGCUCAGUAAAAAUUACAAGUUCCUGCAAGUACAGUCAGCACAGGAAUCAGAGGAAGAGCGAGACGGAAACAGGGAGAUGGAAGGCGAUGAGGAAGAGGCUGCCGUCCACCUAAUCAAACGCUUUGGAGGCUUCCUCAAAAACAAGUAUGGCUACAGGAAGUUCAUGGAUCCUGGAAGGUCUUUGCAAAAGAGAUAUGGGGGUUUCAUAGGUGUUCGCAAAUCCGCCCGCAAGUGGAACAACCAGAAGCGCUUUAGCGAGUUCCUCAAGCAGUAUUUGGGCAUGAGUACUCGAGCUAGCGAGUUUAAUAGUAUGUCUGCUGAUGUCACCCAACAGAAUGAGUAAGCUUUGACCUUUGAAGCGAAUAAACUUACCCAGCAAACCAUUUGUUAUGCUCAUUCAAAAUCAUGCCCCGUUCUCCUCAAACACAAAAAGCUCUCAUAGUGCCACAGGGUUAGAUGUGCAUUUACUCAAUGAAGCAUCUGAUCUGUGUCAAACAAGCUUACAAUAAACAAUAUUAGUUUGAAGUUUGAAGAAAACUCUUCAGAUUCGAUUUGAGACAUCUAUAUGUUGCAUUAGAUGAUUGGUAUUGUAAUGUUGGCCCCUGCAGUUUAAUUAUAUAUUGUGCAAAGACCAUUCGAAAACGUUGGCGUCCUAAAUUCAUCUCUUCUACGACACUGCCACCUAUUGGUCAAUGAGAGUUCCCAUGAUGAAAUCUUCAUAGCAAAUACUUUAAUUUGAGGUGGAAUAUUCCCUGAUGAAAAAACCAAUAGACACCAUCACAAAAUUAGUAAUGGUUUUACUGGUUAUAAUGGGAUUUGUAUUGGUUUUAAUGAAGCCUGUAAUGGACCCUGUUGGUCUCUAUUGGUUAUUGGCCACCUUCUAUUGUUGGCUUGUUAAAACCAAUCAAUCCAAAUGGAAUAUGUCCCAAAACACACUACAGAAAAUCAUUUUUAAUGGUUUUAAUGGUUAAAAGUUGAUGGUAUUUAUAGUGGAAACCAUUAGAAUUUCCUGUGAUGGUUCUAUUGUUUUUUUCAGCGGGGAUGUCAAAUUGAGAGGUAAUUACAGGCUAAAUAGAAUUAUUAAAGGAAUAGCUCACCAAAAAUGAAAAAAGUGUCUUGACACACUCACACUUUUGUCAUUUUCAGCUCCAAAUGGAACAUAAAUUAGCAUUAAAGUCAAACGAAAGCAUGUGACAGACUAAAGUUUAGGUUUUUAACCUUACCCUGUGCAAUCAAACCUAAUUUUUGCUUUUAAAUCUCGUGUUACACUGCAGUUUUAUAGCUCACAUCUUAGCUCACAUCUAUCAUGUGGCUUUAUAAACUUUGGAAUAUAGUGCACAAGUCAUAUGGACUAUUAUUUAUGCCACUUUUUGUAAUUUUUGAAGCAUAAUGCACCACAUAAAUCCCAAUCUGCUUACACUGUAUGGAAAAGACAACCCGAUCUCAUAGAAAAUGUAAUUAUUUAAUGAAGUGGCAAUUUCAUAUGAAUUUGUACAACAUAAAUGUUAAUUUUUUAAGGAAAAAAAACAAUAUCCACCCCUAAACAUAACCAUUAUGAAUGAGAUGGUACAAAAUCAUACAAAUUAGCCACCAGUUCACCAAAACAUAUUAAUUGCCAUGACAUUUUCGCUGGUUAAAAAGCAGCUUUAACAAUCUGCUCAAUGUCUGCUUUUAUGUUUUAAGCACGAAAUUAAAUAAAAUGGGGUCAGAAUGAUAUGAGCAUGAGUAACUGAUAAAUUUUCAUUUUUGGCUGAACUAUUCCUUUAAGGGAAUUUAGAAAAGCUAAUCUGUGUUUACUCUCUCCCAAAAAAGUAAAUAACGCCAGAUUUCGCAUAAGCCAUUCCAGCAAAGACUAAUCACUGUAAUAUGCCUAUACAAACAUAACAAAUUCUGUCAUGCACAUAGAUGCACAUCAUGCACAGAGAGUUUGCAUCCUCAUCUAACAGUGGGAAACCAAAAGCUUUAAUUUUAUUUCUAUAUGUUUUGAAACUGACAAAGUUAAUUUGUAUUUGUGCAGAUGAAAUGAUGUAUUUAUGCAAACAUUGCAGAGUCAUGCUUUUCCCUUUAUUCUAAUGAUAAAAAUCAUGAUGUUCACUAAAUGAACUGUACAUAGUAACUGAACUAUGUCAAUAAAAUAGUUUACUAUUUUC